AUGUGGUANAAACCACAUAAUAUUUUAGUUAAUCCUAAUCAUCAUAAGCUUUAACUUUGUGAUUUUGGGAGUGCCAAGAGAUUAGUAAAAACAGAAACGAAUAUUUCUUAUAUAUGUUCUAGAUGUUACAGGGCCCCAGAGUUAAUAUUUGGAGCUGUCAAUUAUGAUACAUAAAUAGACGUUUGGUCAGUUGGAUGUGUAAUAGCUGAAUUAUUCAAUGGAGAACCUUUGUUUCUAGGUGAUAGUGCAGUUGAUUAGUUGAUUGAAAUCAUUAAAGUUCUUGGAACUCCAAAUAAGGUUUAAGUUUUGAGUAUGAAUGCAGAUUAUGAUAUGCAAUCAUACAAAUUUCCUUUAAUUAAAGCAAGAGAAUGGAAAAAAGUAUUAAUUUUUAUUUUUGUUACUUAGGUUAUUAAAACCAAUGAUUCAUUUGCUACUGAUUUAGUUUCUAAAUUGCUUGUAUAUUGUCCCAAAACUAGAUUUACUCCUAUUCAAGCAUUAUGUCAUCCUUAUUUUGAUUAAUUGAGAGAUCUUCAUUAAAUGAAACAGCUAUAAGAAAUCUACAAUUUUAAUAUUCAAGAAUUAUUUGAAUUUAGCAACUGUAACUUAUAUCUAAUAAUCUUGAUUAGUGGAAACUAAUAAAAUGACAAAUGAUGAAAUUAAAAAGUUAAUUCCUGAUUGGGUCAGCUGCAACUCUACUAAAAUUGUUAAGACAAUAGGAUGA